AUGUACAGCUCUCUGGUUGCUCUCUCUCUUUCUCCCCCCCGUCGCGCGCUGUCUGUACACCUCAAGCUGCAGCACUGCAGCAGCAGCAGCCAGUUUCUCACUUGGGGGCAGACGGGGCCCUUAAGAGCCCCUGGCGCUGCGGUGUCUGCCCAGGCUGCCUCUGCAGAGACGGGGCGAACGGUCAGCUGCAUCAGCAGCAGCAGAGUAGCCUCGUUAAUCGCAGGAGGAGUGCCAAUAACGGCAGCAGCAAGAGCAGCAGCAGCAGCAGCAACAGUAGCGGCGGAAGCAGCAGCUGCGGCUGCAUCAGGGGCAGCUGCCGCAGCUCCUGCUCCGUCUCUGACUUUUUCCAGUUGUCUUUCUUGUCGCUUUGUCCAUGGAGAUUCGGAACUAGAGUUCUUCUCAACUGCUGCCUGUACACCGCACUGCCCAGAGACCCCGUCGGGCUCGCAGCAGCAACAGCAACAGCAGCAGCAGCAGCAGCAGCAGCAGCAGCAGCAGCAGCAGCAGCAGCAGCAGCAGCAACAUCGGCCGUCGAGAUGGACGGCAGCGUUCAGGGGAGCAACCCCAGUGGCGUCAUUGCUUCUGCUUCAUCAGAAGCAGCAGAGACAGCAGCAACACCAGCAAGCAGCAGCAGCAACAGCAGCAGCAACAGCAGCUGCUGCUGCUGCUUCCGCGAGCAGCUGCCCAGAGCCUACGCAAGCCGACACCGCUUCGGGGGCCCCCAGCAGCCCCAAAAAGGGCCCCCGCAGCAGGGGCCCCUCGAACCCUAGGGGGGCCCCCUGCAGGAAGGGGGCCCCCAGGCAAGGGGCAGAGGCAAUCUCUCAUUUGCUGCCGGAGUCUGAAGCAGCAAUUGCUGCAGCUGGGGGGCCCCCCGAGGGCCCCCUGGGGACCCCUCCAGGGGGGCCCCCAGGGGGGCCCCCUGAGGCACGGCUGAUUACCUCUAGGGAGGACAGCCCCGAGGGGGCCCCUGCAGCGGGGGCCCCCCUGGGGGCCCCUCCGGGGUCCACUGGGGGGGCCCCUCUGGGGGCCCUUCCGGGGGCCCCUGGCGGGGGCGGUGGGGGGGGUUUUGCUGGUGAGGGCCCUGGGAGGGAGUCUUUGGAGUUGAGAAAAGAAGUACAAAUGAGAAAAGAAAUUGAAAUAAAAAUAAAUAAAGAAGAAGACGAGCAGUCUGCUGUCACUACAGCUGACCCCAGCAGUCCCCGAAGCGCCAGCAGCGAAAGCCGCCAGUUAAAUCAUUUUGGAAAAAGUGGCCAAGGGGUGGAGGGGCCCCCAAGGACCCUCGGGGGGCCCCCCCCCGCCCAAAGAGGCAAGCAAGGGGGGCCCCCCGGGGGGCCCCCCAGGGGGCCCCCUUCCCCUUGCUCCUCCCCCCACAAGAAUGCUGGGGGCCCUCCCAGCCCUUUUCAAGGGGGGCUUUUGGCCUCGGAGGCCCUGGGGGCCCCUGGGGCUUGUGGAGCCCCUGGAGAGGCCCCGCGGGCAACUGCUGGGGGGGGCCCCCCGAGGGGGGCCCCCCAGGGCAGCCGCGGCGUUUAUUGGGUAUUUGUUUUGUUUUUUCUUGUUGAAGUUUUCAUCAACUUCGAUGCGGGAGUAGUGCCCGCCAUAUUAUCGACUCUUAAGGCUCAGUUUCAGCUUGACGGGACUACUGAAGGCCUGCUGGGGGCCCUGCCCUACGUAGGCCUGGGCCUCUGCAGCCCUUUCGUGGGCCGCGGGCUCACCCGUUUUUCGCCCAAGUCCUUUUGCCUGCUGACGAUGACAGUCAAUUUGGGAGCCACGGUUAUGUUCGGGGUGGCAGUGCACCGCUGGAUGCUGUAUGUUUCGCGUUUGCUGAUGGGCCUCACUCAAGCUGCCAUCAGCAUCUACACUCCUGUCUGGGUGGACCAUUUCGCCCCUCCUUCUCAGCUCACCCUCUGGAUGGGACUUGCUCAAGGAGGCGUCGUCAUAGGCACCAUGUUGGGCUGCGUGACGGCAGGAGUGUUUGAUGCUGCUGGGAAGUCAGGAUUUGGGGGCCUCCAGUGGCGUCACGCCUUAGCCGUGCAGUUCGUCUGUCUGCUGCUGCUGCUUGUGGGCUGGGCCCUGACGCCGCGCCCGCUGCUGGAGUUUGACCUCACUGCAGCAGCAGCAGCAGAAGACACAGAGCUCGGCUCAGUGGCCUCUUCGAGGGAGGAGGAGGAUGCAGACACGGAGACCGAAACAGAGACAGAAAAGGACAAGGAGGAGCUGCUGGGUUUAGCGUUUGAUGCAGCAACACCAGAGGUGAAGGUAGGCCCUGAGGGGCCCCGAUUGGGGGCCCCCCAGGGCCUACUCCCCUGCUGCCGAAAGCAGCAGGGGCCCCGCUCUCGGCGGUCGCAAAGUGCAUCAGCAGCCCAGAGCCUCAGGAGCAGCGGGGGCGCCAGGAAGGCCGCAGGCUCACCUGGGGGCCCCCCGGCCUCCUCUAGUGCUGCUAGGGGCGUUGGGGAUAAACAAGGAGAAAACAAAAAUGCAGAGACUCAGGGGGCCCCUAGAGCUGCUGGAAAAGAAAAGAAGCAAAUGCAAGCAGCCCAUAGGCAUUCAGAUCUGCCGGAGUACCUAAAAGAUCCUCUUUCGAACUUUCUGCCUCUGGACUUUUUCGCAACCAGCGCAGACCACCGCAGGGUGUCUCGACACCCCGGAGGGGGCCCCCUGCCCCGACGCCUCGAAGGCCGCCACAGCGCCUUCUGCGGCAGCGAGGCCUUCAGGUACACAGGAAGGGCAUUUUCCCCGGGAAGUUGGGGCCCCCGGGGGUUGCCAGUGCAGGGGGGGCACUCAGGGCCCCUGGUGGGUCGGGCCCACUCGGCUGUGGACUCGCGGGAGGGCGAGCGGUGGGCGCCUUUGGCGGGUGCUUUUCGGCCGGAGUUCGCUGCUGCUGGAGCUGCAGCAGCAGCGCCUGUUGUGGGGGCUGCUGCGGCGGGCGCUGCUGCUGCGGGCAGCAGCGCCGCUGCUGGUGCGCCCGGCCCCGAAGGGUUGCAGACCUUUCAGUACCAAAUGACUUUCCUAACCCCCCACCCAACUACUCUUGCUUUUGAGGCUCUUAAUUGGGCCUCAGGCACACAAGACCCAAUGGUUUUGGUGCAGAGAGACCCACGGCAGGCGCAGGCUGCAGAGGCUGCUGAGGGUUUGGGGCCCCCGCAGGGGCCCCCGCAGGGGCCCCCGCAGCAACGCAGAGAUGGAGAGCAUGACAGCAGGGUUGCGCCCGCCGACGCAGCACUGGCAGCUCAAGCAGAUCCUGCAGGAAAGCCCCUCAAGGGGCCCCCAGAGGUGGACCUGGAGUUGAACUGCAGGGAAAUGGCGCAGGCAGCAGCAGCAGAGAAGCAGCAAGUGGAGAUGACAGCGACGUCCAGCCCGCGGAGCGAGGCCAAGACGUACGGGGUGGGGGACUCAGUGCGAAUUUUGUUUUCGAGCCCGCUGUACGUCUGCGUCACUUUUGCCCUUUGCGCUCUUUUCUUCGAAGUGACUGCAAUUCAGUUUUGGUCCAUUUCAUACUUUCACGAGGUCCUACAGUAUCCCACAGCAACUGUGCUGGUGGCCUUCAAUGCCACUGCUGCAACAGCUCCUAUUUUGGGGGUCUUGGGCGGUGGCUGGUUCAUAGAUUUCGUGGGGGGCUACAAGGACGAGCGGGGAAUGCGGCGCACGAUGUCAGUGCUGCUGCUGUGGGCUGUGGGCUGUUUGCUGCUGGGCGUGGGGGCUGGCUGGUCCAACAACUUCUGGUUUAUUGUUUUUUGCAUGUGGUGCAUUCUUUUUCUGGGUGGAGGCAUUUUGCCCGCCGCCACGGGCAUAGUGAUCGCCUCAGUGCCAGUUGAAGUCCGAGCCUUCGGCAGCGGCUUCUGCAUGAUGAUCUACAAUGUCCUGGGGUAUGUCUUGGGCACAUUUCUGCCGGGCAUUCUCAUUGAGGCCGCCAGCCUUCUUUGGGGAAUGAGGGUAAUUUACUUGUGGUCCAUCAACGGCGUUAUUGGCUUUGCAUGCGCCCGCUGCUUCUUAUGGCGCUUGAGAAUCGAACCGAAGUUCAUUUCAGAAGUGCAGGGAGACCCUUGGGUCGAGCACUUGAAGGCAGACAGCCGGCAGGAAGCCAGCGGGGAAGCUGCUGCUAAAAGCAGAUACCGAAGCAGCCAGCUGGGGAACAGCUAG